AUGGCUGAAUUCGAAGAAGACGUUGUACUUGAAAAGUACUGGCCCGAGGAGGCUGCCCACGAAGGAAAGUCCGCGGGCUCAACGGUUCCCCUGUCGCACCACUUUGAGGGCCCCAAGCACAACUUCCCCGGACUUGAGAUGAAGAUGGGAGCCACCGGUGUCAUCUGGACAACCGACCGAGCUGCUGAGAAGGGCUUCUCCCAUGAGAACCCCGAAUGGGCCAACCUCGGUCAGGGAGCUCCCGAAGUCGGACCUAUCCCCGGAUGUUUCAAGCGACCUGAUGUUAUCGACGCUUCUGAGGAGUCUCGAGAGUACGCUUCCACCGCUGGUGUUAAGGAGCUGCGAGAAGCUGUUGCAAACCUGUACAACCAUGACUACCGAGAGGGCAAGGAGUCAAAGUACACCUAUGAGAACGUGUGUAUUGUUCCUGGAGGACGAGCUGGCCUGAUCCGAAUUGCCGCUAUUCUUUCGGAUGUUUACCUCUCCUUCUUUUUCCCCGACUACACUGCCUACGCCGAGAUGCUGGCUCUGUUCAAGAACUUCUCUCCUAUCCCCGUGCCUCUCAGAGCCGACGAUGACUACCAGGUGCAUCUGGACAUCAUUCGAGCUGAGCUUGACCGAGGUGUGUCUGCUCUGCUGACCUCCAACCCCCGAAACCCCACCGGUCAGGCUAUGCGAGACCAGGACCUCAAAGAUCUACAGGAUAUGUGCCGAAAGCGAUGUCUGCUCAUCAUGGACGAGUUCUACACUCGAUACAACUAUGAGGACGGCUGCAACGGCUCUUCCGUCUCUUCUGCUGCCAACAUCAUUAAUGUCAACGAGGAUCCUGUUCUUAUUGUCGACGGUCUCACGAAGUCCUUCCGACUGCCCGGAUGGCGAAUCUGCUGGAUUGUCGGACCCAAGUCAUACAUUAAGGCCCUGGCUUCUGCUGGUUCUUUCUUGGAUGGUGGAUCCAAUGCUCCCUUCCAGAAGGCUGCCGUUCCCUUCCUGGAACCCUCUCUUGUCAAGAAGGAGAUGACCGCUCUGCAGGUCCAUUUCAAGGCCAAGCGAGACUACUGUAUCGACCGACUGGAGAAGAUGGGCUUCAAGUUCCACCAAGUCCCCACCACUACCUUCUACAUCUGGCUUGACCUGAGUCCUCUGCCCAAGGAGAUCAACUCUUCUUUGCACUUUUUCGAGGCUUGUCUUGAGGAGAAGGUCAUCAUGGUGCCUGGAAUCUUCUUCGACCUUAACCCUCUGGCCCGACGAGAGAUCCACCACUCCCCUUACUACCACUUCAUGCGACUGUCCUACGGUCCUCCCAUGGAGAACCUGGUAAAGGGUAUGGAUGCCAUUGAGCGAGUCAUCAAUAAGUACAAGAAAUAG